CCAUCCCUACAACGGUUGAAUUACCACCUUACUAUAAAAAUUCAAAACCUCCCUCUACUCCAUCAACCAAACCAAUUCAAAGUUCAAACAGACUAAGCUCCCUCACCAACUAUGGCUACCUCCAAAGCUAUUCACCUCAGAAGCUCAUUCUCCUUCCCAAACCUCCUCCUCUCCUGCCUCAACUUCACUCUCUUCAUCCUCUCCGCCACCUCAAUCGCUCCCAUCAUCCUCCUCCGAAUGCCGCCCACUUCCUUUGGAAUGGCGUUUCUCAUGGUCUCCUCAAUCUCCCUCCUUUCCUCCUUGGUCGGCUUCUACUCUCAGCUAGCCCACUUCUGCUUCAUCACUCACGUUUCGCUUCUCCUCGCCUCAUUGGUUGGACAAUUGCUCGGCGUACUAGCCUUGUUCACGAAGGAGAAUUCGACCCUUUUGCUCCUUCAUUCAAACCGGGACCCUAGAGAGGCCAAGCUCCUUGUGAGGCUGGAGUGUGGGGUGUUAACGGCCAUGUUUCUUCUUCAGGUGGCCGUGUUUGUGCUCAGCUGCGCCGUGCAUAGCUGUUGGGUGAGGGAGUAUGAGGGUUUGGAGGCUGAGCGAGAGGCAGCGGCCAAGAAGCGUAGCCGGAGGAUCGCGCAGGUUCAAGAGGAGUCCAUGGCCAAUGCGGAGAAGAUUAAGGAGAUUAAGGCCAAGGAGUUGGAGGAUAGGUUGAAGAGCAAAUAUGGUCAAUGGGUCAAAACUGAUUUUGAAGGCUGAUAAAUGAAAGAGUGACCUGACCUCCUGUAUAUUAGUUUGAACUUCAAACUAUUUUGGUUUCGGCUUUUGGCUUGUGCUUUCAUUAUUGUUUGUUGUGUUGGGUCCGGUCACUAUGGGUGUGGCUAUACUGGUUGCGUGUGGCGAAUGUUGUACUGUAGAGUGUUUUAACUCAAUUUCGGAUUUGAACAAGAGGGAGAAUCACCAAUACACAAACACACGCACGUUUGGUAGACA